AUGGAGAAAAGAAUUGGGUGUGUAUAUAAAAUUAAGGAGAGCAGGAGGGGAAAAGGUUUUUGUAAUCCAGUUGAUGGAGCAAAAACCAAAAAAGGAGGGUUAUGUUACGUUAAGGAUAAGCAGGAAAAUGCACCUAGUGUAGCUGGUGAUGCAACAUGCAUGUCUCGUGAUGAAGCGAGCGUACCUGGUGAAGCAGCUACUAUAGUUGGCGAUGUCAACUGUAUGACCGAAGACAAUUUCUAUGCCAAGGCCAGAGGGAUUAACCUUUUUGAAGCUCAACAGUGUAGUAGCAAUGUGGACGAUCCACUGGGUAGCCAUGUCAAACUAGGGAAAGGUAAUGAAGGAGGAAGUUACCUGAACAACGUAGAUGUGAAUGACGAAACAUAUUCCGUGAAGAAGGACAGUGAAGUGAAGAUUCGUUCUUCCAGUCUGCUACCUGAGACUGCAUGUCAAAGGCAAGGGGGGGGAGGCAUGACAGGAGCGGCUGAUCGGGUGCACAGCUUAAUGGGGGAAGCAGACGAAAUUGUGCACAGGGAUGUCAGUUUCUCUGAGAAGAUACCCAUAGUCGGAAUAACAGAACAAGAUCGCGAAUGUAGUGGUGGUGACCCUGCGUAUUCUGUGUACGCUAAGUGUGCUAUGUAUACGGAUGGAGGGCUGGAGGAUUCCGAUUGGGUCGAUUUUGCUUUGGCAGGCGAUCACUCGAACAGUGCCAACAACACUGCCACCUCAACAUCGCCACCUAACACCGCCAAGAACACCGUGAAGUGCACAGGCGGAUCCCAUUUUGUAGCUACUGAUCAGGAGGAGGGAGUGAGAAGAAUGCACGUACCCGAACAGAACGAUAAACAGGCAGACAGCGAAGACGACGAUGAAAUAAAAAACAUAUUAAACGUGUUGCAGAAUUUAAAAAAUUAUAAUUUUGAUGAUACGGGUAAUUUAGAUAACGAUGCACUUUACGAACCAUUUGAUGAUGGCGCGGAAGAUGAUGAAACGGGGAAGAGUAUAAUGGACCCGGUUGUUCAGGAGAAGAAUGCCCCUUUUUUGGAGAGCGAGUAUGUUUUUAAUGAUCCCACGGGUGAGGUUCCUACCAAUGGUGAAGCAUCGGCCUGUGCUGGGGAGGGAGACGCCCCUAAUUACAGCCACGAGCGGGAGUACCUAGACCUGCAAAAGAUAAAGGAAAAGUAUAAGAGGUACAAUUUUUCGCUAAGCGAUGUUGAUGAAGAGAGGGAGGGCGAACAGGUGGAGGAGUCGGUCAUUGCAUCAAAGGGGUACACGAACAAAGAAGAAGACGAAUGUUACCAUAGUAAGGAAAAGGAACCCAGUGAUAAUCCGCGCGAGGGUGAAGAAGGAGGGGAAAAAGUGAAGGAUGACACAAAUGAUGCAGCGAGAAAAAUGCCGCACGAUGAUAUGCACAUGUGUAAAGCGGUCGACGGUGAGGGUAUAGACCAAAAGAGGAACAGUCCAAAUAAAGUUAAAAAAAGAAAGAAAAAAAAAAAGAACGGGAAGAAAGGAAAAAGCUAUUCUGAGCAUGGUGGAGAUGUUGGUGUUGGAGGAGAUGGUAAGGAAGACCAGGAUGAUAGGAGCGUUCCCAGUAGUGGACAGAGGAUGAGUAGUGGGGAUCGCGCCAGUAGCGGAGAGCGCGUUGGCGAUGAAGAUGGACAGGAUAAUCCCAUAUUUCUGGCCACCUCUCCUGGGGAAGCCCAUAUAUCCGAAAAUUGCGAAACCAAUGUGGAAACGACAAAAAUGGAAUCUACUUCAAACGAAAAAAAGAACAACCAGGACAGGGAUGAAGUGGAUGAAUUUAACAGCUCCACGGAGACGGAUGUGCCAUCUGGCAAAGAGGAAGUCGAACGGGAGGAGCAGAUAAGAAAGAAAAAAUUACUUAAGCAAAAUAUUCGUAAUUUAAACAAUAAGGGGAAAGAAAAUCACAAGGGUGAAGCUCAGAAUGGAGACACAUGGACGAAGCCUAAUUUGCACAACGAGGCGGAGAAAAUGAAGAGUGUGGAGAACCCCCCAUAUGGAGACCUCACGGAGGAAGUAAGGAACAUAAUAAAUUCCAACGACAGUGAAGAGGAAGAUCAAAACCAUUUGGAGUUUGAUCACUAUCUGAACAAAUUGCAUAAUUUGAAGAGUCUACUUCGACAGGAGGUGAUUCAGAGCGAUGAAGAAGUCGCUGCUGAAACGGCACAGGGACAGGGAGAAGAGGUGCGCAUUGGAAGGGGGGGAAGGAAAGAUUCGUCGAGUAGCUUCGAAUUGGAGGAGGAGGCGGGCCAUGCGGAGAGUCCAAAAGGGAGAAAUGGAAAAGAAGUUGAAGAAGACAACGCCGUCGGUGCAGAUGAUGUGAACAAUUUGGAAGAUACAGACGAUGAGGACAAUGCAGAGAAUCCACAAGAAUGGACCAAUUCGAGUCCUCCAAGGGAACGUAAGAGGGGUUCCCCUGAUGAAGUGACGAUCGAAGGGAUGGUGGAGUCGCAUCCCGUUGAGGUGGAGAUGUUCGCCGAAAGGAACACUCGCCUCAAAAGAGAAGUGAAAAGUUUACAAAGAGAAAUGAUCAGGUACAAAAAAAUGGAAAAGACAUUUCACAAAAAUAAGGAAAAGUAUAAAACAAAAUUAACACUAAUUAGGGAAUACGAAAUGAAAAUCGAUCACAUGAUAAUGGAUCUGAAGAAAUUAAAGGAUACAUGCAGCUGCAAAGAUAAGAAAUUAGCGAGAUUCGAACAAGUAGUAAAAUAUAUGAAUGAGCAAUUUGCUAUGAGUAAGAUCCAAUUCGAAAACAAAAUGAAUGAGUAUGUUCUCUUUUUAAAAAAAAAAGACUCGGAAAUUUACAUGUUAAAGGAGAUAAUAAAGGAAAAGGAGAAAAUUGUCUCCUUUAAUGAAAGCAUUUUGAAGCAGUACAAAAAUGACAUCGAUGAUAUGUUAAGGCAAAAUAUCGAACGGGUGGAACAUGUUAAGGUGAAAUUAAAAAUGCAGCAAGAUCUGAUCACAGAAAAGGAAAAUAAAAUUAAAACACUUGAACAGGAUGUUAGGAACUACACUGAUGCGUUGAAUAAAAUGGACAACAAAAUGAAGAAGGUAAUGUACGAAAGAGAGAUGGAAGAGGAGAAGUGGAAAGAAGUAGAGAACAAUUAUCAGAAGGAAAAAAAAAAAAACGCUGAUCUGAAUAAUCAAGUGGAGAAACUAGGGAGGGAAAACAAUGAGUUACAUUACAAAGUGGAAAAUUUGCUGCAGAACGAAAAAAAUAUUAUGAACGGCAAGGUAGAAUUAGUCCAAAGCCAGAAGGAGUUAAGCAUGGAGAAUGAAAAAAUGAAAAAGGAGAGAGACGCGCUCCUAAAUGAUAAGACACAAUUGCAGGACCAGUGCAAACUGCUCAGUUCCGAAAAUGAAAAAAUAAAUGACCAGAUGGGAAAAAUGCAAAGUGAAAAAAAUGAGCAGGAGAAGGAGAUAACCAGAUUGAAGGAAGAGGUAAUCAAACUGAGGGAGGAGUUUUCCAAAUUGGAGGUGAAGCACUCAAAAUUGAAAGAAGAGAAGGACAAGAUUGAUGGGAAAUGUCUGACCCAGCAGGGAGAAAAAGACACCCUACAAAAUGCGCUGGAUGAAACGAAGCGCAAGAUGGAAGACUCCGUAAGGGAAAAUGGAAAGCUGCAAGAAAUGCUGGAUGAAAUGACCUCCAAAAAUGGACAGGAAGAACAAAGGCUCAGGGAAUAUAUAAAAGAUUUGGAAGAAAAGUUGGAAGAGCAAAAUUCUCUCUACUGCAAGGAAAAGGAAGUUAUACAAAAUUUGAGCAAGGAGAAAAAUAAAUUCAUUAAAGAAUGCGAAAGGUUAAAAUGUAGGAAUAAAAAAAUAAUCUCCAAGUUGAAGGAAAACGAAAUGAAAAAUAAAACAAAGAUGGAUGAAAUUGAAAGAGAAAAAAAGGAAUCUAUGCAGAAGGAAAAAAAUAACUUCGCAGAAAAAGUGCAUUCACUGGAAGAAGCCUUCCAAAGCACAUACAACGAACUCCAGGAAGAGAAAAAUUCUCUAAAGGAAGAAUUGCAUGAUGUUAAAAUGACAAAUGAGGAAUUAAAAAAAAAGGCUCAAAAUCUUCUCAACGUCAAUGAGGUCCUUAUAAAAGAAAUGAAAACUUAUAAUGAAGAGAAAGAUAAAUUUAUUAAAGGAUUGAAGAAUAUCAAACUGGCUUACCUCAAGAUGAGAAAUGAAAACGAACAGUUGAAGAAGGACGCUUUUGCAUAUAUUAAAAAGGACGUAGAGGAAAAUUACAUCCCCCUCUCUGCACACAACCAACUUUUACAUGAACAGAAAAGUUUGGUUCAGGAGAAAGACACGCUUCACGCACAGCUCAAGGAAAAAGAAACCAUCAUCGAAAAGUUGCAUAAGGACAAAACAGACUUGGACGAAAAUUUAACUCGUCUUUCAAAGGAGAAUCAGGAGCUCAGCACAAAUAUCCGCGUCAAAAAUAAAAUUACGGAGGAUGUCACGGCCAACGUGGAGAAACUAAAAACGGACCUAACCAACAAGGACGAAGAAGUAAAGAAAAAAGUGCUCGAAGUUAAGAAGAUCGAGCGCGACUACAAAAAACUUCUGGAUGAUUACAAAAGUGAAAAAAAAAGUUUAAUUUCAAAGUACGAAAACGAACUGGACGACUAUCUACGAAAGUGUGAAUUGGCCCAUGCCAAAUAUAAGAAGUGCGAGGAUGAGAUUAAGGAACUGAGAACUAAACUGAAGGUGAAGGAUGAAGUGAUAGAAUACACACACAAGGAAAUUGAAAACAUUAAGGAGUCCUUCUGUAACGAAUACGAAUGCAAAAUUAAAGACAUCGUACAGGAGAAGGACAAGGAAGUGUACGCCAUACAGAAGAGAUGCAAGGAGCUACACGAGGACAACAAUAUGAAUAAGAACGAAAUAGCCAAGCUAAACAAAUUGCUUGAAGACGCAAAUAAGAAAAUAAAAAAGAGAGACAUGGAAAUGUAUAUACUGCUGGAGGAAAACAAAAAGCAGAAGGAGAAGGCAGCGAAAAAAAUGACCAAGGUGAACGAGCUCCUGAACAACCUCCAGAAGGAGUACACGAACAGUAUUCUGUGA